GGAUUGGUCAAUUGGCUCUGCCAAAGACAAGACGGAAGAGUUUUGGGCUCGUUUGCGGUUUGCGGAGGUGAGUUCUCGGGUAUGCCGAGGUAAAGUGAGUGAGAGGUGACCGACGUUGUUACAUGUACGAUCAGAUCUUCUGCCGAUCCAAAUUGGUUGUUGACUUGUCUGCUGUUGGGGCCGUAGCGGCAACACCGGGCAUUGAAGACACGGCAGGAAGUGCCGGUACAUGCAUGGAGUGCGGAGAGGGAGCCAAGGUAUAGCAUCAUUGAUCCGAGCAUCAUGGGUGGGCUUGAGGCCUUGAAACCCGGCACCGACUCGGACAGACCUGUUCACAUCGUCUUUGUCGGCGCCGGCGCCGUCGGUUGCUUUUACGCCUCGCGGCUACACCAUCCAUCUCACAACAUCCACGUCUCCCUCAUCGCCCGCUCAAAUUACAAGGCCCUCACAGAACACGGCGUACACCUCCAGACUCACUCUUUCGGCGACUACACCUUUCGCCCGCACGCUGUCUUCCCCUCGGUAGCCGUCGCGGCCGCCAACCCCAACCCGUCCGGUGCCGGGUUCCGAGAGUGGGACUUCAUCAUCGUGACCACCAAGGCCCUGCCCGAUCGCUCCGACGACAGCGCCCUCAUUGCGCCCCUCGUCGGGCCGCGUUCGUGCGUCGUACUCAUCCAAAACGGCGUGGGCGUCGAACAGCCUUACCGUGCCCGCUUUCCCGCCAAUCCCAUCAUCAGCGCCGUCACCGUCAUCUCCGCGGAGCAGACAUCUCCCGGCACCAUCCGCCAGAACCGCUGGACCCGCAUCCACCUCGGCCCCUACACCAACUCGGCCUCCUUCUCCUCCUCGCCAGGCCAUACCGUCACCCCCACCUACCCCCGCGGGGACGACACAACCGGCGCUCUCUCCCCGACCGGCGUCGUCCCUCAUCCCGCUUCCGUACCCGCGACCACCACCGACGCCUCUCCCUCCGCCCUCCUUCCAACCACAACCCACCUCACCAGUCUCCUGGCCGACUGGUGGACCCGCCACGGCCAGAUCCGCGACGUCGACGUGGCCGACGAGCUCGCGCUGCAGACCAUCCGUUGGCAUAAGCUAUGCAUCAACGCGGCCUUCAACCCGUCGUCGGUCCUCUCGGGGGGCCGCGGCAACGCCGACAUGGUGCAGGACGCGGAGCUGCGCGCCCAUCUGGCGGGCGUGAUGCGCGAGAUCUGGGAGGCUGCGCCCCGGAUUUUGGGGGGGAAAGGGUUCCCUGCGUACAUGGCUACGCCGGAGAAGAUCUUGAAGAGUACGGAGAAGAAUGUGGGCAGUAAGCCGAGCAUGUUGCUGGAUUGGGAGGCGGGCAGGCCGUUGGAAGUCGAGGUGAUUCUGGGGAAUCCGAUCCGGAUUGCUAGGGCAAGGGGCGUCGAGUUGCCGAGGUUGCAGACUGUUUAUGCGCUGGUGAGAAGUAUGAUGGAGGUGAGGGAGAGGAGGGGGAAGGGGGGGAGGUUGUGAAGUUGUUGGGGAGUGAUUGGCGGCGGAGGGAAAAGGGAUAACUGCUUGGCGUGAUGUAGAGCGAUGUGCUGUAUCAAUCAUGUAAUGGUGCAAUGGGUGGCACACAAUAAAGGGGCAUCUUCUUUGUGUACGUGGUUGAAACAUAAUCAUCCUGAUUCAUAGAAGCCCUGUUACAUGAAAUAUAACCAGAUUGCAAAC